AUGGAGCCAACUCGACGAGUCCUCCGCCCACGCCCUCCACCAAAGGGUUCCAACAAGAAUGGCGCUCCACCAAACAACCCCGAUCUUCACCCCUCACUCCCCGCAAUCAACCAAACGUCAUGCUUCCUCUUCACCAUCUUCCCGCCCGAAAUCCGCAACCGCAUCUACACCUUCUCCCUCGAAUCCGAGGAUACCAACGAUAGCCAACAAGAAGGGGAUAAUACAACACACUCCCAUCUCUACCGCCAAAACGCCUUCUACUUCCGACCAGGCUACAAACAACCAAAACGCAUCCAAACCGCCCUCCUCCAAACAUGCCAACAAAUCUACGAGGAGGCCUCCCUCCUCCCCGCCGCCAUCAACGAGCACACAUUCUGGUUCUACCGCGCACCCCCACACGUCAAAGACGCUUCGUCCCCGUUAGGCUAUUUCCGAAAAAUGACCGCGAAACAACGCGCUCAAGUCCGGCACAUCCACCUCUUCACGCAGCAGUAUUUCCUCGAGGAUAACUGCUGGACCAGGGUGUGGGGUGGUACAUGGAUCAACGACGGUCCCGGGUUUCACGAUAGCCGACAAAGGGCCGCUCCCUACGCGAUCAGCCCCAGAAAGCUGACGCUUACAUUCCGACACACGGAUUGGUGGUUCUGGGAGAAUAACGAUCCAUUGGGAAUCGACCCGUUCAGACCGGGCCGGACACGCGCCCAUGAAAUGGGCCGGCCGAUUCACUGCUUGAGAGCCCACGAGGCAAACCGAGCGUGGGGCAAUCAGUUCACUCUCCUGCCUAGCCUGGAAGAACUGGUGAUUGAAUUUGAAACUGUCAUGCGGAAGAGGGAUCAACUUGAUGCUAUCGUCCAGUGGGCUUUGUCGUGGAAGUUCCCUGUUAAUCUGGAGAAAUCGCUGUAUCUUGUUGCGGAACCCGCGUCGCGGAGUGCGUAUAGCUGGGUGGGUGCGAAAGAGGGGGAUUUGAAGAGACAGCCCAUUGAGAGGGCCAUUGUGCCUAAUCCUCAUGUUAUGCCGGAGGAGGCUGUUGUUUCGGAGGAGGUUGUUGUCCCGACUGUGCCGGUUCUGAGGCCUUUUGAUGCUCAAGCUACACAAGGUGCGGGUGCUAGUGGCGGCGUUGCUGCUACUUUUGGUGGUCAGGCUGGGGAGGAUUCUAACACGGAGGAGUUUUAUGUAGUCUUUUUGACUUGGAAGAGGCAGGUGGUUGACCAGUGA